AUGUCAGAGGUAAUUGAUCAACAAGAAGUAUAUGAAGCCUUUAAACGUUAUCCUUGGGAAACAGAUAUUGUAUUUCAACAAGGACUUCAAAAUAUUAUAGAAAAUAUGCCGCACAUGGAUAUUAAUGAAGAUCAAGUUAAAUUAUUUGAUAAUCUUGAGCUUGUAAGAGCAAAACAUUUUUAUUUUUCAAGAUUCCGACAAAAAUUUGACUUUCAAAAAUAUUUGGACUAUGAGAUGGAAGAAAAAUUAAAUGGAAGAAAGCAAGAGGAAAAAGAUGAAAAAGAAAAAGAACAAGAAGAACUAUUUCAACGCUUAGAAGAUUAUGAUUAUGAGAAGGAUGCAGACUAUGUGAAAGGUUUACCUAAAAUUAUUCAUGGCUGGUUAGAGCAACAAUUAAAGACUGAGUUAUGGGAUAAAGAAAGAUUAGAUGAAGAGUUUUCAAAGGCAAAAGCAUUCUAUUAUGCUUCACGAGUUGAACAUGUUGAUUUGAAGGCUUACUUUUCAUGGAAAUCAAAAAAGAAUCAAGCAAAUAAACCUUCUUGCCCAUUUGCUAGUUUAUGGCAAAAUAAAUCUAAAGUUAAAAAUUUAGUUGAAACGAAUGGCUCCUCUUUUAUUCAUGCACAAAAAGCACAUGUAUUUGGCGCUGAAUCAAUUACUCUAUCUUCUCCAAAGAGUCAAAAUAUACUUUCAUUGAGUCGAUUGAAUGAUUUAAAGGAAGUGAUGAAAGAUGGUCAAGAUGAUGAUCAGGUUACAUCUUUAUUGAUCACUGCUACAGUCUCUAAUGACACUAAUUCAACUCAAUUCGUUGAAAACGGAAGGGCAAAGGUAAUUAGUUCUGGUUUAGCUUAUGAUCAAAUAUCGCGUAUGGUUUCAGGAUCGGAUCUUCGUCAAGUGUCCCUCGAAAAAUUAGCUAACGCUUAUUACGAUAUUGUACGGUUUAUUGUUCAACAAGGACAAACAAGUCCUCAGCAGCAUCAUAAAAAACCCGUUGUGACAUUUUCAAAUGGAGAAAUCCCUCUUAAUGCCGUCUAUCUCACUUUGUCUGCUGGCUUUUCACGUGUGAUAACUGAAUAUGGAUUAUUAAAUUUCAGUCUUCGACCCUCUCAUGCACCUAUUCCUCCUUUACUUUUAUUGGCUAUGGUGCGAAACCGCACACGUAAUGCAACAACCCACAACAAGGUUUUGCCCAAUGGUAUUGAACUUUAUUUAGCCCUCUCCUCUCCAGAGUACGGCAAAUUGAGAGGGUCUGAAUUACUUCAUUUAGGACUUGCUGACAUCUUUAUUCCAGAGUUUAAAUUAAAUGACGCCUUUAAAGCUGCCAAGAAUAUGUCUGUAUGCUCCGCUUCUGACAUUCAUGCUGCUAUUCAAUCUGCUUUAAUUAUAAAUCAUACUUAUGCUGGUCCUAGUCGUUUCCAAGUAUGGGAGGAUUUAAUUGAAAAAGUCUUUGGGGCUGCUAAAUCUUUUGAUGACUUGAAGAGUCGUUUAGAAGCUGUUGAUAAUCAUUGGAGUAAGACUAUUUUGGCACACUGGGAUACUUUACCCUCUGUUCUAUUAAGGGUCAUCUUUAAAGCAGUGAAAGAAUAUAACAACAAGAGUCCUUUGGAAAUGUUGGCAUUAGAACAAGAGUUGAAUGCAAAAUGGCGUCAAACUGAAGAUUACAAGGAAUGGUUACGAUGCAAGAAUACCUGGGUAUCUGAUUCAGAACAAGUUAAUAGUUUAGUAAAUGAUUUUUAUUUUACUAAAGAUUUGGAAUUGCCUAAUGAAGAAGCUGUUGUUUACGAGGCACCUCAAGAAGAAAAGGAAGAGACAAAGAUGAUGUUGCCUGGUGUUUGUCCAGUAACUGGACAAAAAUCUGUGAGUGGUGCAGUAUGUCCCGUCACUGGUCAACAAGCUAUUGAAAACGACGAUAUCUCAAACAAUGUUUGCCCUGUUACUGGUCAAAAGGCUGAAAUCAGUCCUACCACUACAACAGAUAAUAUGAAGGCAGCAAGCAAAUGUCCUUUUGCAAAUAGAUCCACUUCUUCAAAUAAUCGUGUUUGCCCCUUUACGGGUCAAAAGUCAGCGGCAUAA